AUGUGCAAAUCUGAGCAGAACCCGCAUCGCAGCUUCCAGGUGAAGCUGUCAGCGAUUGAGAUCUACAACGAGAUUGUCAGGGACCUCCUCAACCCCGACUCCGGGCCCCUCAGGCUCCUAGAUGAUCCCGAGAGGGGCACAGUGGUGGAGCGACUGACGGAGGUGGGCGUGGAGUCCAAGGGGGAGUUGCAGCAGCUGUUGGCGCAGUGUGCGGCGCACAGGGAGGUGGGCGAGACGUCCCUCAACGAUGCCAGCUCCAGAUCGCACCAAAUCAUUCGCCUGCUGGUGGAGAGCUGUCCCAGUGCGGUGUCACCAGCGGCACUACCUCCAUCGCCUCCACCAGCCACGUCAUUGCCUGCAGAUGCUGCUGCCGCCCAAAUGCUCUCGGCUUCGUUGAACUUUGUGGACCUGGCGGGCAGUGAGAGGGCGUCUCAGACGCACGUGGCGGGCACGCGCCUCAAGGAGGGGUGCCACAUCAACAGGAGCUUGCUCACCCUUGCUACCGUUAUCCGCAAGUUGAGCACGGGCAGCAGGGCGAAGGCGGGGCACAUCCCCUACCGGGACUCGAAGCUCACGCGUAUCCUGCAGCAGUCGCUGGGGGGCAACGGGCGCACGGCCAUCAUCACGACUAUUAGUGCGGGCAAGACUCACCUGGAGCAGACGCGCAACACCCUCGCGUUUGCACUCAGGGCCAAGGAGGUCACCAACUCGGCAUGUGUCAACGUGGUGGUGACGGACCGGGCACUGGUGGAGCAGCUGCAGAGGGAGGUGGCGCGGCUGGAGGGCGAGAUGAGGCUGCGCCCGUCGACCGAGCAGUUCCACCAGCAGGCUGUGCGCAUGCACCAGUUGGAGGCGCAGCUGUCGCAGGCAGCGAGGCAGCAGAGCGAGGCGCUGGCGCAGGUGCAGCACCUCACACACGCGCUCUCCGCUGCCUCCUCCUGCCACAGCCGCUCCCAAGGCGGGUCCCACGGCAGGCGACGGGCGCAGGCAGCCUGGCAGAGCGGCAAGGUGCACCCAAUCUCCAGCAUCAACGGCUCAGAAUCAUCCGAUGAUGAGGCGGACGGCUGGGAUCGCUUCACGCCAACCUGCUUCCCAGCAUCCAAGCCGUUGGAUCUCGUCCUGCCCACAUGCUUCCCCGGUAGCUUCACCAGGCGACCCAGACCAAGCAAGCAGCAGAGGGGGAAAGACGCCUCGUUUCAUCCCUCCGCUGCCGCCGCCGCCGCCGCUGCUGGUGCUGCUUCUCCUCCACCUGCUGCAUUUCUUGCAGCCGAUGCGAACGGCAUGCACACACAGGGGGUGAUGGAUGGGAAGGUAGCGCCUGGGGAAGGGGUGGCACAGCUGGCAGGUGGGCUGGUUGUGGGCGGCAGGUGGUUGUCCUCUAGUAACAGUGGCUGCGAUGCUGCAGGGAACGGUCAAACCCGCGGGAUUUCCAAGUCGAGAUUUGCCAGCAGCAGCAGCAUGGGAGGGACGAGGGAGAGAGGCGGGCCUGGUGAAGCGGCCAUGGGGCUGGCUGGGAGGGGAGGAGAGCAGCAGGCGCGUUCAAGUGGACGGAUGACAUGGGAGGAGAGUGCUAGAGGGAGGGAGAGAGGAGGGCAGUGGGAGCAGUACGAGGGAGAGGAGGACGCAGAGGGAGAGCUAAGCCAGAGGAGGAGCGGGAGGCUUGGACGGGACAAGGGAGACUCGUUUGGCAGAGAGAGUGUGUCCCGCCAGUCCCUGCAGUCCCUCCAUUCGCUCCAGUCGCUGGAAGCGUGGGUGGCGGGGGACAGGGCGAGGGAGAGGCGGCGGCGGCGCAAGGCGGUGAGUGCCAAGGUGCUGUCUCUGAUGCAGGAGAUUCAACGCCUGGAGAAGCUGCAGGACGCUCUUGGGGACGACGUGGGGCGGGCCAUGGGGGCGCUGCAGGGGGAGAUGGAGCGCAUGAGAGCCAGGCAGCAUGGGCAGGCGCACGGGCACGGGCAGGGGCACGGGCACGGGCAGGGGCACGGGCACGGGCACGGGCACGGGCAGGGGCAGGGGCAGGGGCACGGGCAGGGGCAGGAGAGUGAGAGUCUGUCAGAGGGAGGUGUUCAAACGCCUCUAAGUCACCUCUCUGGGAUCCUAACGCCCCCGGGCCACUGCGUCCAGGGGGCUACUGGUGGUGGUGCGAGCAGGGAUGGGGAGGAAGGGCGUGGCUCGAUAUCCGAGCUGCUGCAACCCGCCAGCUUGCUCCAGCUGCAUGCAGAGCUCUCGAGGCUCACAGUGAGAGAUGAGAAGGACGCGGAGCGAGGGAGCAACGGAGCUUCUGCGGCUGCUGCUUCUGCUGCUGGUGAUCACGAUGAUUCUGCUGCAAAGGCUGCUGCUUUUCCUGCUGCGGAGGGCGUGAGGGAGCUUCAAGCUGCUGCUGGCGCCGGGGCUGCUGGGAUGGGGUUUGACAUGGGAUGCCUGGCAGACCCUUCUGGCAUGACCCGGUCCUCCUCCCAGGAUCUUCAGCGGAUGGAGUUUCUGUUUCAGUCGGCAGCCGAGGUGAACGUGGCGAGCAUCCGCACGUACGUGCUUGAACUGAAGGAGAUUGUAGCGAAGCUGCACUAUCAGAAGCAGCUGCUGGUGAAGCAGGUGGUGGAGCUGGAGGCGGGUCGACUGGGCGAGGAGGAAGAGGAUGAGAUGGAGGAGGAUGAUGAGGAGGAGGCGGGAGAGGGAGUGGUGGAUGGGGGCUGGGGCAAUGAGGAGGAGGGUAGAGGGAUGGGGAGAGCACAGGGGGGAAGAGAGGUCAAUGCUAACACACGCUGGAGUCAGAAUAUGCAAGAGGAAAGGGUGGUGGUGAGCAGUAGAGAAGGAAGAGGGCGGUGGAACCGAACAACAGCCGGACAUGCUUCAGCACCCGGCAGCAUUCAUCCCUCCUCUUUGACUCCUACACACUUUGGAGCUGACUUCAGGGAGGAGAUGAGGGAGACCGUGGUGCUGUGGGACCGCUGCCAGGUGUCGCUCAUCCGUCGCACGCAGCUGUUCCUCGUGCUGAUGCAAGGAGAGCCGUCGGAUCGGGUGUACCUGCAGGUGGAGAGGCGCCGGCUGCAGUGGCUUGUGCAGCACGUGGGGGAAGCAGGGCACGCAGCCAGCAGGGAGAGGGAGCUGAGGAAGGAGAGGGAGUACCUAGCCCAGCGUAUGACCCAUUGCUUCACACUCCACCACCGCCUCGACCUCUUCCGCCAAUGGGGCAUUGCCACGUCAUCGCGCCAACGCAAGCGCCAGCUGAGUGCCCUUCAGAGGAUAAAGGCCACGUAG